GCUAUGGUUUGAUUGAUGCUAGUCGUGAUUUACUCCGAUGUUGUCUUGGAAUCAUUCUCCCUAACUCGCCCAAAGUCGUGUCCGAAUGAGAGUCUUUCAAGACAGGUGAUGGGGGAGGGCCGGAAGGUUUAGGGGUGUUGAUAUAUAAAGGCUUUCAUAUUGGUUAUCAUUUAGGGAGGAGUUUCGUGACCCUACAGUUUUAAAAUUUGAUUGAUUUGACGUUAAACUCGAUGCUUCACUCACACCCGCCCUUAUUUUCUCCCUGAAUUCCCCACUUUCGAACUGGGCUGUACAAUUUUAAGAGCAUGCUGUAAAAAUCAGCUGAUUCCUGAGCCCAUCAAAACGUUUCCAACUUCUCUUUGAGGCUAACCUGCGAUAAGGCAAGCUAACAGAAGAAAGAUCAACAACCAGUGGCCAUAGCACGUCAUACGCCAAUGAUUAACUCGUACAUGGGUGAAUCAAUGGGACGUAAUUUUUUUUUCGAGAGUAUAGUUCUCAGUAAAUUGUACUCUUUCAAGCCAUCGCAUCAUGUGUACUGCUGCAUUAUCUACCCUGUCUGCAUUUCAGAAAUGGACUUGCGUCUCUCCAAGUAGCAAAAAAAUAUAGAAUUCCAACUGAGCUAUAAGGCAUUGUAGCGUCUCUAAUGCGAUGCAAAGUCAGGUUAGCGUGACUGAGAACUGGCGUGACAAAUCAUAAAACAAGUUCGUUUUCAUGACUGUUUCUCAUGAAAAGAUUGUUACAGAGCUUCGCCGCCAUAUUUGUUUAAAAAAGGACAGUUCCAUUCCUUGCUUACAACCUUUGGCAGCGUAAGAAGAAUGGAUAAAGUUCAAGAUUUCCCAUCCAUAAUCGACAUAAACGUCGGUGGUAAUGUUUACACCACAUCAUUGGCCAGCCUUACAAGGUUUCCAGACUCAAUGUUGGGAGUCAUGUUUAGCGGACGACGGUCGGUGGCGAAAGACUCCCGAGGAAAUUUUUUCAUCGAUCGUGACGGACCUAUGUUUCGAUAUGUCUUAAAUUUCCUGCGCUCGUCCAAGUUAAAUUUACCGGACAAUUUCCAAGAAUUCGAUCAACUCACCGAAGAGGCUGAUUUCUAUCAAAUUCCUCGACUCAUCGACGCCCUGAAGAAAAUCAAAUUAAAAAGAAACGUGGUGAGAAAUCAAGUGAUUCGUUUAACUCUGGACAGGGACAAGCAUGGAUUGGAAACGCUUUUGACAGUGUUCGGCGAGAAACACAUUUUACAGGAGAUUUUUCAAGGACACGACUUUAUUUCUAGUCCCCUCGUAUUUUCCUUUGAUAAAGAGCAGGCCGACUCGUCAACUAGAGCAAUACUGCAAGAAAUUACUAGCCAUGGGUUUGAGGUGUUGACAAGUCUUUCACAUCCUGAAGAUAAAUCCAUCAAUGAAUGGUUUUUAAUUUGUCGGCGUUAAGCAAAUAAACUACAGUUUGAUAAAUUUGUCACUAAUCGCCUGUUCUUUGGCGUUUUCCAGUUUGGAGUCUUGAGCCCGAAGGAGGAAAUAUAGAACCCGUCUCGUUCUCCUGCAUUUGCAUAGGUAGUCACACAAAUGGACCGACUAGAAUUACAAUUAGUGUCACGCGAUUUCGUUAGCUUCGGCCAUAAGGAGGAAGCGAGGUAACAAAUUCUUUAAACAAUGAAAUCAUAUUUGACUCAAUUACAUGGGGAAAUCUGGAAACAACUUGUUUGUAUGUUCUUAAUGUGAUCAAAGAAAAGAGGCUGAAUGUGAGACCAUCGGAAAUAAUUGCUGUCGAUCGUUCCGAUAUGUUCGAAAAUCUUUGGAACUCCUAGAAUCAUCUUCGGAAGUCUUCAUGCCCUCUUCGGAAACUUGUGGGUAAGUGAUGUAAUUCUAUGAAAAACUUACUCCAGUGGAGAAAUUUUGUUCCGUUAAGUGUCUAUUCUUCUCGACUGAAAAAUUAUCAGGUGUCAGUUUUAAUUGCUGUAGAGGAAGAGACGCAAGUUAGGUGCAGGAAUUUCGAUCCUACCAACAAAGCUUUCAGGUUGAUUUUUGGUUUGAAAUCAUAGACAGUUUCUACUAACUUGUUUACAUCCUUGUUGCACUCAAUUCAGAUCAUGUGAUGAUUCAUUUGGGAGGUUACAAUCGUUCUGUUUGUACAUACUCCCGUGCAAGCAGAUGGGUGUGGCAAAUUGCACAAUUGUAACCUCUUAAAUGAAUCAUUACGUGAUCUGAAUUGGGUGGCAACAAGGAUGUAACCAUGUUAGCCGAAUCCUUCUGUUAGCGGGCGUAGGGUUAAGGGCGCUGUAGCGAGACAGCUAAAAUUUCAGGUCUGUUGCUGGGUCUGUAACUUGUUGAUAAAGUUCGUAGGUGUGUUAUAGGAAACAUUCGAACAAUGCUCGGUUCCAUUAAAAUGUGGGUGUUACUGACGUUAUCCAGCAAACAGACUUUCCGAUAGUGUGGCUGAGUAAGUAUAGACUAAUCUACCCUGACUUCAGUUACAUCCUUCGUGAAGCAC